AUGCCGUUGUCAUUAUUGUCACGAACUACUACGGACACUGUCCGCGUUCGCUCAUCGUCCCCAUUCACAACACCAGCAACCAAAUCCCAGAACACAACGCGUCGCUCCAUCCGCCUGCCGUCGGGCCAUGGACAGCAGAAACCAUGCCCGCUUCCCCUCGCACCCAAGUCAUCUGGCGAUCCUCCCCGAAAGCGCCUCAUUCCCAAGAAGUCUAAGCUUGGACUUCUGGGAUCCUCCUCAAGCAGAGGGGAGCGCGAGCAAGACUUUUCCGACCUGACGCGACGCGUAGGGGCCGCCGUGCAGAGUGGGACUGGCUUUGAAAUCUACGUCGACCCUGCGGAGGACCCCGACAUCGGGGAUAUACUCCUGGUAAGGAAGAAGAAAUCACGCGCUGCCCUUGAUGGGAUGACAUGGGGAACGCUGGGCGAAAUCACGAAUGUUCCUUCCGUCACGAAACCUAAGGAGAACAAGGAGAAGAGUGGGAAAAAGGAGAAGGAGGGAUUGUUGAAGGUGAAGGUAGAUGAGAACCAGAAGUGGUGGAGUAUUGGCCGCGGAAGGAAAGACUCUAAAGAGAAGGAGGAGCAAACCAAAUCCCCUGAUCCAGCUGCAAAACCAGCCGACACACGCACGCGCUUCAACUCGCUCGACUCGGGUAUAUUGCUUAGCAGUCCCAUCCUCACAGAGCAUCCCAGGGCGCCUGUAGAGUACCUCCAGGUUCCUACACCAACUGCAACUCUCGCGCCGCCUGGAGCUGGCGCAUUGGGGAAUGGCAAGGACUCGGUUGCCAUGCGAGCUAUGCGUUCCGUUCGUUCGCUUGCUCGUAUUGGCAGCUGGGCUCAGCUCAAGGGCCCUACCACCACAGAAGACGCUGAUAAGAAGGACAAAGAACAACCCGAUGCGAAGAAAAAAAAGAAAAAGAAGGAGAAGGAGAAGACAAAGGUGAAAGAAACCGCACGCUACUCAGGCAGCAGCUUCGAAGCGGGUGCGCUGAGCGCAAGCCCCGCGGCGUCCAAGACUGACACCAAGUCAUUGGGGAAGAGGAAAACGAGCAUUUUGGGCUUGGGUUUACCGUCGACUAUGCGUCUCCCCUCAUCGCGGAGCGGGUCCACGGCUUCGUCAGUCCUGGCUUCGAAUGGCGUUGGGAGUCGGCUCUCUGUCGAUUCCGCUAAUAUAUUAGGAGGCGGGAUUCUGGCACGUGGACGAUCUGGCUCGACAAUGUCUACUGCGUCUUCCCUUCGACCCAUGUCAACCGCUUCAGGUGCAUCAUCCAAUUCCUCUAUUUCUGUUCGUUGGGACGAAGCGGGGUUGGAGACUGUCAAAGAGAACCGAAAGAAAGAAAGAGAGUGCAAGAAGGCCACGAAGGAAAAAGACAAGAAAAGCAAGAAGUCCAAGAGCGAGAGGGAUUCGAAUAGGCAAGCGUCCGAUAGUAGGAAGAGGAAACCGCUGGCGGCAAUCUUCCCUGGGACGCUCUCUGAACGUCAAGAGGAGGAUGCUCCUCCCAGUCCUGUUACACCCAUUGUUACAGUGGAGGAGGCCACGAUGGAGGAAUGUUCGGCGAACGAGGGAAAGCUUUCCACUGAGACCCCUGUGAAGCGAACCCGCCGUCCAAUGUCUGAACAACUUCUACUUCGGUCACGCCCCAAGGCAAUUUACGAUGACGGUGACGAUAAUGCUGUUAUCUCGCUCCUGGAUGCUGCGACCAAUGAUUUAGCCCAGCUCAUCAAUAGGCUGGAUUUGGAAGCCACUCCAGGUAGUCGUGAUCUGUCCCCGAGAAGUAAUCGUUCACCAUCGUUGCUCGACCAACAUGGCAGUCCAACACCUUUGAAGAAUCGCCUUACGAUGGACAGUCCAGUCAGAGCUCUGCGCACUAAUGUCGCUUCUAUCACUUCGCUUCGACCUUAUGGUCAGCCGUCUUCUACCGUCGGCCAGGUGCAGAUUGGGCAAAAUAUCGCGCCCUGGGCAACCCUAAAUGCCAGCAUCUCACCGUCGAAGCCGUCCCCAGCGACCAUCAGAGCUAAACCUAAGGAGGACCCGCCCACAGUUCGAAUGACACACAAACGUACUUUGACUCCCGCCCCUGCAUCUGAUCCACCGCCAGUUUUCAAAGCUCUUCGACCAGCGGUAUCCAAAGUCCCCAGGGCUGCUGCGACAGUUCGGUCAUCUCCCGCUGUCCCACCGUUUGUCCUUGGUGUCGAUGCCAAGGAGACAGAUCGCUCUCCCUCGGCCUUUACGUUCGGUUCGGCGCAUUCGAAAUCAGAUUCGCAUGGUAGUUCAAUGGCAUCUCCUGUCUUCAAGAAAGCCCAGGGUCAUGCCAGAAAACUGUCAUCUCUUGUCCCCGUCCAAGAUCAAAGCGGCAGUCUACCGAUUCCUCCUGAAGCUAGACGCAACCUAGGCCUCACCGGAACGAUGGGGGGCUCCGUCGGUAGCGUGGCAGAGCAGGAAUUUGACGCGAGCGAUCCUGAUUCUGAUAUCCCAGACGAACUUCAAGUCAUCCUGUCUAACUCUGAUCAGGAGCUUGACGAUACACUGUCUUUCAAUCCUAACAUGCCCUUACCCUCGCCCGGACUGCCUCCGGAGAUGCCCCUUCCUGUUCCAGGUUCCGAAACGGUGUCACAAGACGGAGUACCUGAAUUUCCUGUUUUCCGUGCCACGUUAAUCGACGAAGAUGACCGCCAAGCGGAUAUCGAGGAAGCCGGAGCAUUAUCGUCCUCUGAAGAGGACACUAAGAAAUCAUUCGAUUUCACUGGGGAGAUCAAUAAACUCAACGAAUCUGGCGCAUCGCACCGACGUAGCUUCGUGGAGCAAUUGGAGUGUGCCUUCCGCACCCCUGCCAAGAUCGACCUUCGUUAUGACUUUGGCAAUUUCUUCCAGAGUGAUGUCCCGCCUGUGCCCAAGAACUCUCUGCAGGACGAAUUGUCAAGAGCCGGACAGAGUACAUUUAGCCUCCCAGAUGACUACGAAUCUCGCGAACUUCUCCCUGCUGAUUUCCCUGCCGACGUCAAUGCUGAGGCAUCGCUCCUCCCUGGCACCGAUAGCUUCGCCUCCACCGCGUCAGACGACGACUUGUUGAACAUCAUCGCGCCUCAAAUGUUGCGCAAACCUAGUUCAAUGGGAUCUCGCACUUCGGAUGGUGAACUGAACAGGGAUUUCAAGUUUGGUGGCAAGCCGUCGCCCACAGUCGUUGAGGACGACUCCCAGGAGGAUGCGCCACUUACUUUGUCGGACAUCAUUCCUCCCCCAACUGUAGCCCACUCGCUGUCGACAGGAAGCCUAGCUGCCGAUGAAAGCUCACUCUUGAAAUCUAUCUUUGCUAAGGCCGUGGAAAUCCCGUCCCAACCACCUCGAUCUCGCUUGCAAUCGGAUUCCAGCUCUCAACGCAGUGCCCGAGGUGUCGUACGAAACUCCCUUGUUGGAAACGGUCAUCAACGCAAUUCAUCCGCCCUCAGUUUUGGAGGCUUUGACUCGUUCACUGAGAUUAGACGAGGCUUCGAGUUCCAUGACAACCGUCCGGGCUUCUAUGCAGGUGCUGGUGCGACCUCGAGACACGGGAAACACGAAUCAAUAUUUAGCAUCGCGUCGGUAUCUUCGUACGGUCGUGUUUUGCAUGCUGGCUCGGUUGAUCCGUUCGACUACGGGUCACUUGCUGCGAUUGCUAACCAAGAUAAACGGCGGUACUCGGACGAAUUCUCGUUCUCUAUGUCAACAACGGUUGAUGAUACAUUCUCCUUCAUUCACAAGCAGCCCCAACGAAGGCGAGUCGACAGUGAUGCAUCCAGUUUCUACUUCCGUGCCCCUGCGCACUCGCAACUGCACCCUUCUAACCGCAGCCACGGCCGCCACGAAUCUUCUGCAUCUGUCACCUCUCUUGGUCCCCCUAUCAGCCUUUACAACCGCAGCUUUGCUCAUCAUCGUCGUGGUGAUUCCAGCACUAGCAUCAGCAGCGUUGCGCAAUCUUACGCAUUAUGCGGUGCUAGCGGUGGUCGGGCAGCGUGGGCCAGACACCGGCCAGAUUUCUCUGUGGAUUCGGUGCUUAGUAACUACUCGGAUGCUCGUCUCGGGCGCCCAGGAUUGGGGGAUAAAAUGCUCGAGUCUGCGUUCGACCAUGGCAUGCCACUCACGUCCAUCUCCGCCUCACCCCCAGAAAGUCUCGCGGGAAGUGUGCGCAGUGAACGGAUUGCCUCUGCAGAAUUUGAGAACCGUACUUCAUAUGACUCUCUCAUGGACAGCCGUAACGAGUUGCAAAAGACCACCGCAGAGGACUCGCUCUUUGAGAAGACAGGCUACAGAACGUCCGUUUCGUCGUCGGAUUCCAUGUUCUUUGGCAAAGAUCCAAUGGACGCCCGACAUGUCGACCUUCCUCGCUACCGGCCAAUUUCAAGUUUCAGUGUCUCCAGUACACAUAGUCCCGCGCAAGAAGAUGACACGAUGAUCAGUAUGCUUGGAGGCGGACAUGUUCGACGCUGCUCGGUAGGCUCUAUGAUCGAGACUUCACCUUGCGUUCGCGUGGAGAGGCGCAAACAGUUACCGAAUGAUCUGCUACCUAAGCCAGUUUUCAAGGGCACGAAAGGAGACUACGACUCUCCCGAUAAAUCUCGAGUCAUUGAAUCCAAGCCAUCGAUCGCUUCCACAAUCAAUUCAUUCAAGUUUGGAGACGAACGCAUGAUCCGCGCUAAGCACGGUCUCUUGGAACGUCAAAGCUUGGAGAAUACUGCUCUCGCAGCCAACGGUGAAGAUACUUCCGGGUCUUUCCGGAUACAACCAGUUUUUACCCGGCCGCCUGUCACAACGCGUUCCCGUUCCAGUACGUGCACUUCCAGCUCCGGUGCGGAGACUCCUCCACUCUCUAUUUGCGAUGGGUACUCGUCGCUUUCCGAGGGUUCCCAGUCGAGCAUUGAUUUGGCUCAACUCAAUCACAUGCUUGCAAAUGUUACGCAUCCCGCGGCCAUUACUGCCUUUGAUCGAAUGCGGCCGCGUGCUCGCGGCCAUGGGCAUCGUCGACGCAUUUCCCAAGCUCGGGCAUCGAGAACGUCAAUAUACGAAACUAUCGAAGAAGAAAUGACCAGUUCCCUGUCUCCCUUUAGUUCUCCCGAUCGAUCCACCCCUGGAUCUGCAACAAAGACGGUUCAGCUGCCUGAAUCUGUGACGAAGACCAUGGGUCCAUCGCGUGUUUUCGUCGUCGACCCUGAGACAUCUUCGGUCGAUUCAAUUUCUCCAUGGGACGAAGAAGGGGGCAUCACGGUCCUUCGGAAGUACUACGCUCUGAGGGAUGAGGCGCAGGACGCUGUCACCGAGAGCAAGCGCACCUGGAUGGACACUCCAUUUUCCAUUUUUGCAGUACAAUCGUUCGAUCCACCACGUCACCGGUCUGGGAUGCAGGCAUUACUUGAACAUUCGAUCCAGAAUUACCAACCUCUCCCAUCGGAAUUGGGUCCACGCCGUAUGAGGUCAAGAGCUAACAGUCGUCCUUCUCCGUACCCGCGUACGAUAAUGACGUCGCAUACGCCCUCUCCAGCCGCAGAACAACUUAGGCCCGCCGUUGUACAUCCCAUCGCUAAAGUGGCCGCCACCGAUAUUGUUCCAGCCCAACCAAGAUGUAAUGCACUCCAAGAAGUUGCCAUCGAUCCCAACGUUAACACCUUAUCUGAACAUAUUGAGAAGCUUGCAGACGAGAAAGCUCUGGCAUCGAUGGACAAGCCUGAGCAAGUCUUCGGACUGCCUCCCCGUCCUCGCGUCGCCUCCCAAGCCCGACGCGCAGCACUAGGGUGGAGCAAGAGGAGUGCGGGAAAAAUUGGAGCAGAAAACAAGGAGAAUAACACGAGUCUAGGCAACGUCAGCCUCGGUACCGGCCUGGCGAAUGUCUCACAAGGCAUCAUCAUGACGUGCACCAUCGGAAACCCUUCGAUUGAGUCGGCCCCGGCCUCGCGGGCGUCCAACUCCGGCGUCGACGAGGCCCAUCCGCGUAUGACCUGGGAACACUUCUGCGACGGUUUGGUGUAUGCCCUUUCCUGAUCCGCGCAAUAAUUCUUGUCCCGCACUACUGUUCAUUAUAACCUCGCUCUCACAUCUGACCCAUGCUAUGAAUAUUGCCCUAUGCUGUAUCCUUUAUCUCUGUAUCAAACUCGUGACACAAGUUCGUACUAUAGUGAGCCGUUCUAUUCUUUGCGAAGUACUAUGUCGUAGUACAUCUGACAUUUUGAGAAUGGAAUGGUUCUUGUCACAACCGUAACCUGGUUUCGUGGUAAAUUUCUGUACAGCAAACAAGUGUGAGCUUAGCUAUGUAUCCUAGAAUAUCAAGAGUCCAGAGAAUGAGUGUGUACCAAAAGUCAU